AUGUUAAAUAAAGUUCCUUCUCAAAUAUCAUUUGGAAUUGAUUCAAAAGAAUCAUAGAAAUUUGAUGAUAAUCUGUAAAUUAGGACUGGUGAAUUUAAGAUUAGUGGGUUUAAAAUUUAUUUCCAAGAUAACAAAAUUUGCGGAAUGGCAAUUAUUUACUUAAAUAAAGGAAAUGGAAGAAAGAUUAUCUUUACCGACACUUAUUAGAAUCAAAAAUAUACUUCAUUAUAUGAAUUUGAUAUUCCAUCUAGUAUUAAUAUAUUUCAAUAAAUAGAUGAUUAUAUUUAAGUCAUUUUUGGCCAUUAUGAUGAACAAAUAAAUUAACUUGGUAUUAUUACAUAUUAAGGAAAAUAAGACAUUUUUGGAAUAGAUUAAGGAUAAUAAUUUAAUUGCAUGUUUAUGGGUUACACUUUUACAGGUUGUAAUGGUACUUUUACAUCAAGAUCAAUUGAAUCUCUCAGUUUUUAAGUUCAGAAACUUCCCAAGGAUUACAUCUGUUAAAAUGUAACUAAUAAGAAAAUUAUUUAGCUUAGUCCUUUAUUAGAUAUACUUUAUCCAAACCUAGAUAAUAAUCUAAUAUAAAAUACAGAAUUAAUGAAUUCAAAACCAUUAAAUUUAUCAGAUUUAACAAUUCAAAAUAAAUCAGAAAGAUUAGAUUAUUCAUCAAAGAAUCAAGAUUAGUUAUCAAAAUCAGAAGCAAUAACAAUAAAAGAGUAUAAAGGAUUUGACUUUUCUAAAGUUCCUGUUGAGGAGAAACAAAAAUAAUAGGAAAUUAUUUAUAUUCAAAAGACUUAUAAAGAAGGAUUCACACAUCGUGAUAUAAGAGAGAUUAAAAAAGAAGUUGGGAUGGCCAUAGGAAUUUUUAAGCUGAUUACUCAUCAUCAUUGA